AUGUCUGUGUCUCUGUGGUGUGAGGAGGAAGAGGGCCAGGACAGGACUCAGUCUUCAGUCCGAGCCCCAUGGGACCCCAGCGUCUCCGGACUGAGAGUUAUUCAGAGACUUCUGCAGUCCGAGGAGAGAUACCUGCCAUCUCCUCUCUACAUCUCUCUCAUCCAGAGAGAACCACAGCGCAGAGGGGAACUGGCCAAGUGGACCAUGGAGACUCCAUCCUGUCUGGCUGCAGCUUGUGUUCUGGUGGCCUCUAAACUGACAGAAAGUGACACAGUUAGUGCAGACACGCUCUGUGCGGCAGCAGAGUAUGACUUUCUCUCAUCAAACCUGCGGGAAAUGGAGCGUGUGGUGCUGGCGACUCUGCGGUGGGAUGUGGCAGCAGUGACUCCUCAGGACUUCAUCCCGCACUUCCUGCGCACUCUUGGGGAACUCAGGGACGGAGACGCGCGUACAGGAGACUUUCUCGCAACGCUGCGACGCCACGGCGAUACACUUGUUGCCUUGUGUGUGUGUGACUCGCGCUUUCUGGGAAGUCCUCCUUCACUGGUGGCUGCGGCUGCACUGAACUCUGCCCUGCGGGGUUUAAGGGCCAAGAGUGCGGGAGAGCUGAGCGUCAUGACCUCUGCCCUGGCCACACUCUGUCAGACUGAUGUGACGGUGCUGCAGUGCUGCACUGAGCUGAUAGAGGGAGCUCUCAGGGAGAGACUGAGGAAUGGAGCACAUGAGGAGAAAGAUGGUGAUAUUGAAGAGGAAAGAGCCAGCACACCCACAGACCUAAGAGAAAUAGACUUUUAA